CGUUUUUCAAAACAAAAAGAUAAAAUAUAAAUAUUUUUACAGUUGAUGGAUUAUAAAGAUAAAACAAUGCGUAGAUCUCACGGAGGAAAUUAUUAUGAUCCACUGCCUUCAAACAGUUCAUAUGGUGGUGAGUUUAUUGAAACAGAGAAUGAUGAAUUAACAGAACAACUAAAAGAUAAGGUGAACACUUUGAAGUCUCUCUCAAUUGAUAUUGGUGCAGAAGUAAAAUAUCAGGACCGCUUACUAAGAGAUAUGGAUCAUGAUUUUGAAACUACCGGAGGAUUUUUGAGCAAUACACUUGGUCGAGUUACAAGGCUUAGUAGAAAUAGUGGAGGCUAUAAUAUGCUAUAUCUAAUUUUAUUUAGUUUGGCAGUUUUUUUUGUACUAUAUAUAUUUUUAAAACUGAAAUAGAAAUGUGUAAUGUAAAAUAUAUUUAUUAUUAUUAAUUAAUGGGAUUGGUAAUCAAAAUUCCAUGUUUUUGAAUUAUAUAAUGAUACAAAUAUUUAAAUGAUAUGUAUAUUUUAAUAAAUAAAUAUCAGGUUUUACUUUUUAAAUUUUUGUCACGGGCGCUCAUACAUUUUAUCUAAAAAAAACUCUGAUUAAUAUACUGUUGUUUGUUGUUAAAUUAUUAAUAAAUGUGAAAUGACUAAACA